AGUUUCACUUUUCAUCUCUCACACCAAAGAGUGACAAUUAUCAUCUUCCCUCCUCAUCAUCAUCUCUCUCUCUCUCUCUCUCAUCACAAUUAGCAAAUGUUGAUUAAGCAAACAGCUAAUCAACAAUAUAUUAUUUAUCCAUUAAGACCAGUUAAUGAUCUUAACUGUUACAAUUUGUUUCCAAUACUUUGUCUCAACUCGUUAUCCUUUCACAAUUAACCCACCGGUCAUUUGAUCACCGGCGGAUUUAUUAAUCCUUUACCUCCUAAAACCUUUAACAUUUAACCUUUCAUCUUAAUAUAUUGUCUUUAUUGAGGGAUAAUCUUUUAAUCUUCAUUUUCAUAGUUUCUUUUUUGUCUUUUUUUUUGGUGCUUUUAAUUACUCAUUUGAUUCUGUUGAUUUUGUUUUCUGUUUUAUAUCCGUUGGUCUGUUGAUUGUUGUGUUUUCCUUUACAUAUAAUGGCCGCUGAAUCGGGUAAUUUACCCAACGAUCAUUAUAAUAAUCAUCUUCGUGUUAAUCAUUCUCAACAACAAACAAAUCAUCAUCAUCCUCAUGUUAAUAAUCAUCAAAACCAUCAUUCUAAUCAUCGUCAUUCCACUUCUCAUCCUCAUCAUCACCAUCACUAUUAUGGUCACUCACAUCAUCACUUAACUCAUCCUCAUCAUCAUUAUAUCCGUAAUAGUGGUUCCGUUGAUCUUGAUCCUAUCGAACCAUUAGUUAUGCAGAAUAAUUUCACAAUUAAAAGGGUUGAAAGUGUCGCUCGUCGAUUACAAGUCCACGCUAAAUUAGAGGGACUUCAUGAUGAUGAAUCUCGACUUGGACCAAGAGACAGUAUAACGAGUGAAAAAUCGCAUUUAUUCAGCGAAAGUUUAAACAAUUACCAAUCAAUUAGUUCUUAUGGCGGUGGAUCGGCGGCAUCUUCGGUUGGUACUGGUAAAAAUCGAGCUCACAGCGUUUUCACCUUGGAUGAGGAGAAUGAAAAACUUUACGGUUCAUCAAUAUCUUUUGAGACAAUCAUUGAAGAAUCGAAUAGUCCAUCCAAUAAGUUAGCUCGAAACAAGAUCGUUCUUUGUCUACUGACCACUGGUUUCUCAUUAUAUUCCGUCUUCUCCAUCAUCGCUCCCUUUUACCCUCAAGAAGCUGGACACAAGGGUAUCCCCGAGUCCAUCUAUGGAUUAGUGUUCUCCUCUCAUGCUUUGACCAUCAUGUUAAUUUCACCUCUAAUUGGUAAAGCUUUAUACCGAUUUGAGAUCAAACAUCUUCUCAUGACGGGUAUUUUGUUAACUGGACUUUCGAUGAUCGCAUUUGGUUUUCUUCAUUACAUAAGUAACACUUUACUAUUUGGUGCUCUUUCCUUUGUCCUAAGGAUUUUCGGUGCUAUUGGAUUUGCCGUUUUCCACACUUCGGCCAACAUUUACAUAACCAAAUUAUAUCCACAAUCAAUUGGAACCGUUUUCGGUUUAGUUGAAACUUUCUGUGGUUUUGGCCUCAGUUUCGGGCCCAUGAUUGGUGGUGGACUUUACGAAUGGGCCGGUUUUCCGAUGCCUUUCUGGAUUCUAGGAACCGUUAAUCUACUUAACAUUAUCCUCUACUAUUAUCUGAUUAAACCAAUUUCAGAAAUUGUACCAGAAUUUGAGGAGCAUUUAAGUGACGAUCCAGACACACCUAAAUUAACUUACGGUAAACUUUUAUUCAAUUAUAAAACGCUGGUCAUUUGCGCUGCCACAAUCGUUAUAUCUCAAAAUCAAACGUUUCUCGAUCCAACGGUUGAACCUCAUCUUUACAAUAACGGUGUCAAAGAAUCGUCAGUGGCCUUGACCUUUUUCCUAAUGAAUGCAGCUUUCGCCAUGUUAUCGCCUAUUGUUGGUUUAAUCUCAUUGAGGGUCAAUAAAUAUACCUUAAUGUGUAUCGGCCUGUUGAUCAGCGGCUUCAGUUUAAUCUCUCUUGGUCCACCCUGGUUCUUGACCUCAACUCAGGUUAACCUUCAAAAUAGUUGCAUCUCAAUGGUUUUCAUGGGAAUCGGUUACUCGUUGACCUUCAUACCCUCGUUCGAGGCUCUUCUCGAACAUGCAGUCGAACAGGAUAAAUUUGGUAACCUACAAACCUAUUCCUUGGUUGCUGCUCUUUACACUGCAGUCUUUUCAUUGGGUGAGGCCAUUGGACCGGCAUUCGGUGGGAUAUUUACCCAAUGUUUUAAUUUCCAACUAUCAACCAUAAUCAUGGGCAGUCUUACCCUUCUAGUGGCUCUCAUAAUGUUCAUGACCCGUUUGUUUGAUUAACUGUUACAAUUAACUAAUUUUUAUCUCUCUUGUUCUUAAUUAUGAUUCUUAUUAUUAUUGUUAUUAUUACAAAUCUACAAUUUAAUUGUCAACAUUUUAAAUUGAUCAUUAGAUCAAAAUCUAUUCCUUUUUUUUGUUUGAUAAUUUUCUUUAAUCAUAUUCAUCCUCAUCCUCUUAAUUAUUUGAAUUACAUUUUUGUACAAUAAUCUUAAAUAAUUUUCUUCUUGAAUCAGUUAACAGAGUCACAAUUUAUUGAUUUAAUUACAAUCUCAUCUUUUGAUUACUUGAAAAGUAUUUAAUCAAUUGAACAAACCAACAACGUCUUCGAAUAUCAUUUUUGUUUGAACUCGAAGUGAACCAAAUGGACAACGAAAAAUAAAUUAACUAAUAAUAUUUUUCCUGUUUAACUUUUUGAUUUGGAUAAUUAAGUGAAAGAAAAACAAUUUAAAAACGUUGAUUAAGAAACUAAUUAAUUGCUACACCAAAGUUAAUACACUUGAAUUGCUUUUCCAAAUAUAUAUUCUUAAUACAUAUGAUAUAUUUGUGAUCUCUGUCUCUUUAAUUACUUUAUUUUGAUUACUACUUUUUUUUAAAUUGUUCUGUAAACAAUCAAGUUAAUCUUUCAAUUUAAUGUUAAAUUUUUUUUUUACUUUUUCCUUUCACUGUAAACAAAGUAAAUCGAUCAUUUUAGUUGACUAAACUUUUCUCAUCAUAAUUAAAUCAAUUUUAACUCAA